UUUUUUUUAAGUGCACGUAAUUGGCCAAGUUGGCAAUUGUACAACACUGACUCAUUCACCGGUCUACAUCGAACGAAGGAGACAACAAGGUUAAACCGAUAUUUUCACUCCCUUUUUCUUCAAGAAAUUUUUUUGAUAAACAUUUAAAAUGGCAGCAACAGCACUUUCCCAGGAAAAAGUUUGGUUCGACAAACCUUCGUACGACAAAGCUGAGUGUUUCCACUUUGAAAAAUUAGCAAAGGUGGUGUCAGAUAAUAUUAAGGAUUUAUUAUCAAUAAAUAAAUUAACAACUGAAAAGAAAAAUUUAACAUCAAAUGAACAACAAACAAAAUCAUCAUCUAAAAAAUCAAAGGAAAAAAAAAAUAAAGCUGAUAAAAAAAAUGUACAUACUAAAAAUGAUGAUGAAAAAAAAGAUGAUUAUUCAAAUCAGGAAAGCCAAGGUGAUGCUUGUUCAAUGAAUCCUGCAGUAGGGAGUUUGGCUGAUCAAGUUGCAAAGGCGCGACAACACAUUAAAAUAAGUUUACAAUGUGUUGAUAAUAUUGCAGCAGGAGCUGAUGUAACAAUGAAAGAUGUACCACAACGUCUUUCAAUUAUUGAGAAAGAAAAUCAAGAUCUUAAAAUUGCUGUUGCUCAACUUCAAGAACGAUUGACAAAACUUUCAAUUCAACUUAGUUCAGUUUGUUCAACUCCAGCUAAAGCUGAUGUUUGCCCAAUGAAAACAUGUCCAGCACCUGCUAAACCAGCAGCACCAGCACCAGCAAAAGCUGCUGAAGAUGAUGAUGAUGUUGAUCUUUUUGGUUCUGAUUCUGAGGGUGAAGAUGAUGAAGCAGCCAAGAUUAGAGAACAACGUCUUGCUGCUUAUGCUGCAAAAAAAUCAAAAAAACCAGUUCUCAUUGCCAAAUCAAAUAUUAUCCUUGAUAUUAAACCAUGGGAUGAUGAAACAGACAUGAAAGCAAUGGAACAAGAAGUUAGAAAAAUUCAAUGUGAUGGUUUAUUAUGGGGAGCAGCUAAAUUAGUACCACUUGCAUAUGGAAUUAAAAAACUUCAAAUUUCAUGUGUUGUUGAAGAUGACAAGGUUUCAAUUGAUUGGCUUACUGAAACAAUUCAAGAACAAGAAGAUUAUGUUCAAAGUGUUGACAUUGCUGCAUUCAACAAAGUUUAAAAAUUCUCAAUCACAAAAAAAAAAAAUCUAAUAAUUUUCUAACACACACUCACUAAUGUAACUUGAUUGAUAUUUUUUGUUAAAUUGUUGCUGCUAUUUUUAAUUUAUUUUUUUUCUUCUCGGUAUGAUAAAAACUAUCGCACAUACUCAUUCCGUUAUAAAAAUAAAAUAAAAUUUCAACAAUUCAACAUA